AGUAUGAAGUGAAAUGGAGAAGCUACUCGUGAGAAGCUGGAACAUGACGGAGGAGGAAAAUGAUCCAAUUUCACAGACGGUAGCUGCGGUGAUUGGGAGUCUCCUGGGGACGAUAGGAGCUGUAAUCGUGAUGUACACGUCCCUGAUAAGCCCUGUUAAAGCCAUGUCUAAACGGAUAAUCAUCAUGAUAUCAAUCGCAGAUGUGUUACAAGCCUUCCCCACCCUGGUGGUCACUUCCUUACAUCUAGAGUAUCAUAUCAGAGAUGCAGAGUCUAAAAAGUCAAUGGCAUGGUUCGACACACCAAAAGCCUGUAAAAUACAAUCCUUCCUCAUUACAACCGGAGCCAUGUUAUCCUUUCUGUGGACAUUUGGCUUGAGCCAGCACAUGUUUCUUCUUGUUAGAUUUGGGAUAAAAGUAGCAUACAAAGCUUACCUGUGUCUGUACGUUUUAUCAGUAAUUCCGUUUGCUAUAAACGGACUGGCUUUACACUACGACAUGUUGGGAGCUGACGAUUUAAAUAAUAUCACAAGUAAAGAUGGAACGGGCCACCAUCUUACGACAUGGUGCUGGAUAAAGGUAAACAACAAGACAAUCCACUCGCCCAACUUCCUGGAAAGACCAUGUGCAGCAUCAUUCUGGGAUGGAAAAGCUUUUGAAAUCUUUUGUUACAUUGGAGUAACCGUGUAUUGCAUGCUAGCGAGACACUAUCUGAACAGGAGAUCGGGUUACGAUCAGAUGGACAGUGUAGAGGAUGAAAGUGGAAACGUGGACUUGACAGGUCGACACGCGUUUGCUGGAGCUAGUUUACAAGUGAACAAGAUCCUAGCAAUCCCCCUGGCACUGAUAAUGGUACGGAUGUGGGGUACUGUCAUGAGACUGACCUGCUACUGUGGUCACCCCAAUUCAAAAAUCUGUACCAGCAAACUGUUCAUCUUCAUCGAAAACUUUUUCGACCCCCUUCAAGGCUUCGUGAACUGUGUUCUGUACAAGUUGUCCCUGGGUGAAACGUGCCGGUGCAAAUGUCCGUCAGUGUUGGGAGAUAGGGGACGGUUAGUGAGAGAGAGGCCACCUAAUAACUCUUAUCAACCUGUUACAGUGUGGGUCUCUCCGAGUAACUCCAUGAGCAGUGACUAUUGAGUGGUUAGUAACUCCAUGAGCAGUGACUAUUGAGUGGUUACUCUGGUUAGUAACUGCAAAUCAGUGACUAUUGAGUGGUUAGUGACUGCAAAUGAGUGAUUAUUUAGUAGUGGUUACUAUUACUGACUGCAAAUCAGUGAUUAUUUAGUAGUGAUUACUAUUAGUGACUGCAAAUCAGUGAUUAUUUAGUAGUGAUUACUAUUAGUGACUGCAAAUCAGUGAUUAUUUAGUAGUGAUUACUAUUAGUGACUGCAAAUCAGUGAUUAUUUAGUAGUGGUUACUAUUAAUGACUGCAAAUCAGUGAUUAUUUAGUAAUGAUUACUAUUAGUGACUGCAAAUCAGUGAUUAUUUAGUAGUGUUUAAAGUAUUAAGUAGAGUGUCUGGUGUUAUGAUAGUUACCAACCCAGAUUAAUACUGGCUAACUUUAUUGUCACAUUAUUGUCACAUUAUUUUCAUAUUAGGUAUAACUUCGGGGAGUCACAGAACUGUGAGAUCACUUAUGUUGCCAAAAAACUGUAAUUUUGUUUUAUGUUGAUGUUUUGGAUGAAUAUUUUUAGACCCGACUUUUUUCAUAUAAUAUUGCAAAUUCAUGUGCAGAUUGUUUUCAAAUUUCUAAUCAGUACUUUUUAA